AUGCCGGUCAAUCAAUUCGUCGCCAAAUCACAUGUUCUUCAUCGUGCCUUGGCAUACGAACCACAGAAGAUUGUGUCAGGCUCAGGCAUCUCCUUUACUCUAGAAUCCGGCAAGGUUGUCUAUGAUGCUUCUGCUGGGCCCUCCGUCUCCGUCUUGGGGCAUCAUCAGCCCGAAGUUACAAAGGCUAUCGUCGAUCAACUUGACAAGAUAGCUUAUGUCUAUUCUGGAAGUCGGUAUACUUGCGAUGCUUCUGAGUCUCUGGCUGCCGAACUCUUGAAAGACGCCCCCGGAGGCCUGGUCAAGGCUAUUUUCGUCAACUCCGUCGGACAGCCUAAACGAAUCAACUUUAUUGCUAGAAAGCAAAGUUAUCACGGCAACACUCUCGGUGCGCUGAGCGUCUCCGGCCACGAAUCGCGUCGUGCUUAUUAUCGCCCCUGGAUUGCUAAUAAUGUCAGCUUUGUUGAUCCAUGUUAUAGCUACAGGGCAAAGGGGGAGUCCGAAACCGAUGCUCAAUAUGUCGAAAGAUUGAAGUUGCAGCUAGAGGACGAAUUCUUGCGCUUGGGUCCGGAUACCGUUGCAGCAUUUGUUGCCGAGACGGUCAGCGGGACAACACUUGGAUGCGUACCCCCGGUACCUGGAUAUUUCAAGGCUGUUCACGAAAUUUGUGAUAAAUACGGAGCUUUGUUGAUACUUGAUGAGAUCAUGUGCGGUAUGGGAAAGACAGGCACGAUGCACGCCUGGGAGCAGGAAGGCAUCAGAGGGCCAGACAUUCAGAUGAUUGGAAAAGCAUUAGGAGGAGCUGGAGGCACCAUGGUGCUCGCUCACGGCCAUACUUUCCAAGCUCACCCAACAGCUUGCGCGGCGGCCCUCGCUGUGCAAAAGAUCAUCAAGCGGGAAAACAUCCUGAAUCAUGUUGCAAGUAUGGGCCGGUUGCUUGAGACAGAGUUGAACAAUGAAAUUGGCCCUUUGGCACACGUUGGAAAUAUACGUGGAAGAGGGUUGUUCUGGGCUGUCGAGUUUAUGCGUGAUGCAGCUACCAAAACUCCAUUCCCUGUUGAGCACAAUUUCUCGAACCGAAUAGUAGAAGUUGCAGCAGAAUUGGGCCUGAAUGUUUUGGGAAAUUUGGGCAAGACUGGCAAGAUUGAUGUAGAACUAGUCAUUCUGGCGCCGCCAUACAUUGUUACAGAGGAGGAGAUCAAGGCCAUUGUCGGAAUUCUGAAGAAGGCAAUUCUAGCUGUGACGGAGGAGCACGUCCUUCGCUACGGUAUCAACGGCUUUCAUAAAUAG